AAAUGUAAUUUUUGGUAAAAUCUUCAGGUCGAGUUGGAUUCUUUGGUUUUGCUACAGCAUCUGCCUCACAUAAAGACAUAGCAGGAAAGAAUUUCUUAAAAUUCCAAAGCAAAUAUGCUGAAUAUGUGACUCAAUUCAAUUAAAAGCUGUAAGCCAUAUAUUUUAAUAAUAUGAUAGUGAAGCCAUUGAAAAAGAUAAUAAGGCACCUAAUGUUGCACCAUAAGGUAAAGUAUUUGAACAUCCAUACAAUAAUCCACAUAAUCCAGUUACUUUUAGUGGUGUAAGUGAUAAUUAAUAAAUUAGAUCAAAUCAUCUGAAUUGUUUUACAACUUUAUUGGACCAGAAUAAGUAUCUCCACAUUAUGAAAACUUCCUUGUAGCUAGAAAAUACCUACUCCUUACUUAUGGUGGUUUGAUUGUUAUUGGAUUUGCUGCAGGCACAACUAAUCUACAUUGGAUUGCUAAAUCAUCAUUCUUACCAUUCUUAUUUUGGAUGCAAAUUAUGUACUUUUACUUGGAAGGUCGUAAAUCAUUCAUGAAACCAUUACUUGCUAGAUUUUAUAGAAGAGUUGCUGGAAAUGAAUGUUUCUAACUUGAUUAAUAUUAUCAUGAAAAUAUGCAACUCAAAAUUCGUACUCUUUUAGAAGCAGCUAAAGGAUAAAUUGAAUAUGGAUAAUUACAUAAAGAAUUUAGGGAUGUUAAAGCAGAAUUAAUUAAUACAGUAUAUCUUUAUUUUAUAUUCUUAAGUUCCUUUUAAAUGAAUAAUUAAAUCUCUAAAGGCAUGUUACAGAGAGAUCUCAUAAUAUCCUUAAAUAAGUCUAAUAAGCUGAAUAAGUAUAAUAAUUAUUGAGAUUUUAGAUUAAUCAAAAUAGACUUUUAUCAGAUAUUAUUGAAGCUGCUCAAAAAUCACUUGAAACUAAUCUUAAGAGUAACCUUCCAGAAAUUCAAAAAGCCUUAUUCAAAUCUGCUCUUAGAGGAUUAGCUUAAGGAAAAAUGACAUAUGAAAAUGAUCCUUUAAUUGAUAUGAUUCUUAAAACAAUCAGAGAACAUGUAAGCAAAAUUCAAAAUUUAUCACCUGCUGAGUAAAUACUUAUCAUAUUCGAUUUAGAUAAAAAAAAUUGAUUUCUCUUAGCAAAGAUUAAUUAACAGCUAUUCAAGCCAAUGAUAAAAAGUAUAUAUAUCUAUUCUAAUUAAUUCAGAACAAAGGAAGAUUACUUAAGAGCUGAACCAAAGAUAGAUUAAACCCUUAAAAACUAUGACAAUGUUAAGAGAUAAUUAGCAUCUUGGGGACAAUGAAUAUGAGCAUUCAAAAAUUAUUACAUUAC